GCGGUCUUACUUCCAUUUCCAGGCAAAUGCAAAGCCUGUUGUUGUAGUUGAAAUUUUGAUCCAAUGAAGCUCGAACCAACAACAGCAACUCUUAAACCACCUCAUUUCAAGCACCCUCGGACCACCAAGGCCAAUGACCAGUCUUCAAGGCCCCAAGGUGUGCCCCCCGACAGCACCAAGAACAGCACCAGGAAGAGUUUGGUGAUGAACACCAAGCCUAAAUCUGGGGACCAACUCCAACUGCAAAAGGGUAGUGUUGUUGAACAGUUUGGAAGGGCUAGGCGUCCUAAUCUUGUUAAAGAGAAGAACAGUGUUGAUGGACUGAGAGAGAAGCUGAGUUGUAGUGAGGGUUUGGUUAAGGAUUUGCAGGCUCAGAUGAUGGGUUUGCGGGCUGAGUUGGAUGGUGCAAGGAGCUUGAAUAUGGAGCUUGAGUUUGUUAAUAGAAAGCUCAGGGACGAUCUUGCUGAUGCUCAGGUCAAAUUAGCUGCUCUUCGAGCCCUCAUCCUCACCCUGUCUCGGACCAGGUGCAGGUGCAGAAGAGGGUGUCAAAUGGAGAGUACCAGAGCCCCAAAUUCAAGGACAUUCAGAAACUCAUUGCCAACAAGUUGGAACACUCAAAAGCUAUAAGGGAGACAAAAAUAGUUCAAGCACCAUUAGGGGCAAAUGCUUGUUUGACUUCAAAAGAUGCCGGCUCGAAGACGGGUUCACUGGUAAUUCAUUCCCUGCCACCGCCUCCACCACCACCGUUGCCGCCACCUCCAACACCGCCUCGAUUCCCUGCUAAAGGAACCACCACACCCAAGGCUCAUUCCCUUAUGGUGGACUUGUUGACAAGCCCAGAAAAGAAAAAGGAUCCUCCAGCAGCAGCAGCAGCAGCAUGGAAUCAGAAAAAACCCACAGUUGUUAGCGUGCAUAGUAGCAUAGUUGGUGAAAUUCAGAACCGUUCGGCUCAUCUACUAGCUAUAAAAGCGGAUGUCGAAACAAAGGGAGAAUUCAUCAACAGCCUCAUCCACAAAGUGUUGGCUGCAGCCUAUACAGAUAUAGAAGAUGUUGUGAAAUUUGUCGAUUGGCUCGACAAAGAACUUGCAUCCUUGGCCGAUGAGCGUGCUGUGUUAAAGCACUUUAAGUGGCCAGAGAGAAAAGCCGAUGCCAUGAGAGAAGCUGCUAUCGAAUAUCGUGAUCUAAAAUUGUUGGAAACAGAGAUUUCUUCCUACGAGGACGACACUAGCAUUCCCUGUGGACUUGCCUUGAAGAGGAUGGCUGGCCUACUGGACAAGUCGGAAAAGAGCAUACAGAGGCUUAUCAAACUGAGAAAUUCAGUAAUGCGUUCUUAUCAGGAGUGUAAGAUUCCGGUCGAUUGGAUGCUUGAUUCAGGAAUGGUGUAUAAAGUAAAGCAGGCUUCGAUGAAGCUGGUCACUAUGUACAUGAAGAGAGUCGGAACCGAGCUUCAAUCGGUACGCAGUUUAGACAAGGAAUCUGCACAAGAGGCACUGCUUCUUCAAGGCAUGCAUUUCGCAAAUAGGGCUCAUCAGUUUGCCGGAGAUCUCGAUUCGGAAACGUUGUGUGCAUUUGAAGAGAUUAGGCAGUACAUUCCGGGGCACCUGGUGGGAUCCAAUGGAUUGUUGACCGGAAUAUCAUCGGCAUGAGUCGUGUGGCUG